AUGUCCAUGCGGAGCCCCGUCUCUGCGCAGCUGGCCCUGGAUGGCGCUGGCACCAUGGUGAACUGCACCGUCAAGUCUGAGGAGAGGAAGGAGCCGUGCCACGACGCUCCCCAGGCUGCGGCCGCUGCAGCCGAGCCCCGGCCUGGAGACCCAGCCCUGGCGCCCCAGGAUGCUGUUGACCCCCAAGCUCCAGCUCAGGACUGCAGCUCCCCUGAGAGCAACCGGUCCCCAGAGCCCAAGAGACCAGCCGUCUCCGAGGCUGCUUCUGGAAGCCAGGAGAAGCUGGACUUCAACCGCAAUCUACAGGAGGUGGUGCCGGCCAUUGAGAAGCUGCUGUGCAGUGAUUGGAAGGAGAGAUUUCUGGGAAGAAGCUCCGUGGAAACCAAAGAUGUCAAAGGGACUCAAGAGAGCCUGGCAGAGAAGGAGCUCCAGCUUCUAGUCAUGAUCCACCAACUGUCCACCCUGCGGGACCAGCUCCUCACGGCCCACUCCGAGCAGAAGAACAUGGCCGCCAUGCUCUUCGAGAAGCAGCAGCAGCAGAUGGAGCUGGCCCGGCAACAGCAGGAGCAGGUGCGGGCGCAGGCCUGGGCCCAGGCCAUUGGGUCCCCACCUCUGAUUGCCAAGCAACAGCAGCAGCUGAUCCAGCAGCAGCAUAAGAUCAACCUCCUCCAGCAGCAGAUACAGCAGGUCAACAUGCCUUAUGUCAUGAUCCCAGCCUUUCCCCCCAGCCACCAGCCUCUGCCUGUCACCCCUGAAUCCCAGCUGGCUUUGCCCAUUCAGCCUAUCCCCUGCAAACCAGGCACUAGCUCACAUCCCGCCUGUACCAGGAAGCCUGCUGGAACAAAGUUCCCUGACAACCCACCUCGGGGCCCAUAUCAGCACCUGCUAUGUGUGGAGUACCCGCUGCAGCUGCUGCAUAGCCCCCCUGCCCCUGUGGUGAAGAGGCCCGGGGCCCUGGCAGCCCACCACCCCCUGCAGGAGCCCUCCCAGCCCCUGAACCUCACAGCCAAGCCCAAGGCCCCUGAGCUGCCCUCCAGCUCCAGCUCUCCUGGCCUGAAAAUGAACAACUGUGGGCCACGUCCCCCUAGCCACGGGGCCCCCACACGGGACCUGCAGUCCAGCCCCCCCAGCCUGCCCCUAGGCUUCCUCGGUGAAGGGGAUGCGGUCACCAAAGCCAUCCAGGACGCUCGGCAGCUACUGCACAGCCACAGCGGGGCUGUGGAGAGCUCCCCCAACCCGCCCUUCCGCAAGGACCUCAUCAGCCUGGACUCGUCCCCAGCCAAAGAGCGACUGGAGGAGAGCUGCGUGCACCCACUGGAAGAAGCCAUGCUGAGCUGUGACGUGGAUGGCUCCCGCCACUUCCCCGAGUCCCGGAACAGCAGCCACAUCAAGAGACCCAUGAAUGCCUUCAUGGUGUGGGCCAAGGACGAGCGGAGGAAGAUCCUCCAAGCCUUUCCAGACAUGCACAACUCCAGCAUCAGCAAGAUCCUUGGUUCCCGCUGGAAGUCCAUGACGAACCAGGAAAAACAGCCCUACUACGAGGAGCAGGCGCGGCUGAGCCGGCAGCACCUAGAGAAGUACCCAGAUUAUAAGUACAAGCCCAGGCCCAAGCGCACCUGCAUCGUGGAGGGCAAGCGGCUGCGCGUGGGCGAGUACAAGGCCCUGAUGAGGACGCGGCGCCAAGACGCCCGCCAGAGCUACGUGAUCCCCCCACAGGCUGGCCAGAUUCAAAUGAGCUCCUCGGAUGUCCUGUUCCCUCGGGCCGCAGGCGUGCAUGUCCCCCAGAGCCUGGACCCCAACAUGCCUGUCAUCGUCAACACCUGCAGCCUCAGGGAGGUGGUGGAGGGCGCGGACGACAGACACUCCGUGGCAGAUGACGAGAUGUACCGGUACAGCGAGGAGGAGGACUCGGAGGGCGAAGACAAGAGUGAUGGGGAGCUGGUGGUGCUCACAGACUGAUCCCAGUGGCUGGCCGGCCCCCUCUCCCCUGGGGGAAAUCUUUGUCCCUGGCUCCCAUGAAUGCAGCCAGCCGGCCUGGUCUAUGUUGGUACUUGGACUCGAGCGUGCCUGGGAGAUGGGCAAAGCUGUGCACUUGUAGAUACAUCCACAAGCGGAGAGAGUCCUCCCCGCCACCCGUCCACACACCUCAAAGAGCCACUGGCUUCGGCCGCAGGGCUUGCUUGGUGGUGGUGGGCUGAGCUGGCUGAGCUCCUCGGCCUUAGCGCAAAACACCCAGGACACUGGAUGACCCUUCUCUCUGCAGGUCUGCCUACCUGGGGGGGGCAUGGCAGCUACACACCCCUCCCCCUGGGGCCACAUGCUUUGUUUCCAUGACCCUGGCUGGACAUGCCAUCCCCUGUGGGACCAGCACCCCCUCCCACACGCUCCCAGAUCAUUGUCUCAUCCCCAGGAUCACUUUGUACUUUGUACAAAAGGCUCUGGCUGUCCCUCGCUGUCUAUCUCUGCCAAGCCCACUGUGCCUCUGGCUGCUGCACACACUCUCCUGUGUGUGCGUGCUGCGUGCACACCUUCCCCUCUCCACCCCCAUGCGUGCGUGCGUGCACGCGCCCGUGCGCGCACGCGCCCGUGCGCUCCCAUGCGUCCGUGGACGCACAUUUUCAUCCAUUCAUUGCACAGAUAUUUAUUGAGUGCCCACUACGUGCCAGUCACGCGUGCUGUGCAGCUGGAGGCCCAUCUGGCUUCCCCGGGGGCCUCUCCUGUGCUUCUCUUUGUCCCCAAAUUUGCUACCUCUCUGUCAGUCUGGGCGUCUCAGGUUCUGUGUGUCCUGUGUGCAUUUCUUUCUGUCCUGGUUCCUCUCCAUUUCUCAGUUCUGUCCCGGCCUCCGAGACGCCCUCUGGGUUCUCUGGGUCGGGGUCUGCCUGCCCCUGGCCCGGCAGCCUUCCCCCCCUGCUUCCCACUCCCCCUUCCUACCCUCCCCUCUCAACUCUGCCAGUCAGUUCCCAUGGAGCCAUUUUGGGCUCUGAGCAGCGUGAGAAUGUGCCUCAGCCUCCAAGGGGCUUUGUCCUGGUGUCCUGGCCCCUGGGCCCAGCCUGUCCUAGGGGUAGGAGUGGGAAGAUUCAUGCCCUCCCCCCUUUGUGAGUGACAGGAGCGCCCCUGGCAGCUGGUCUCCCUCCUUCCUGAGCCUGGGGUGGGUGGCUCUCUGGUCUUGGCUUCAUCCUGGCCGGCCUGCCCCUCCUUCCUUCCUCUCUUCCAUCCUCCAUAGUAGGGAAUCAAGCCUAUCAGCUCCAGUUGUUUCCCGAAUUAAAUCAAAGCCCAUAGGUACCUAGCUCCACAGAUCUGGGCGCGCCCUCGUAUCCGGGUGGGAACCCCAGACUCCACCAGGGCCAGAUGUGGAGUUGGUGCCAGCUGUCUCCUCUUCUGCCUCCCUACAGGGCCCCCUCCCCCUUUCUUUUUUAUGACUGUAAACAUAGAUAGUGCUUUAUUUUGUUAAUAAUAAGAUGAGUAACUUAACCAGCACGUUUGUUUCUGACGGCAUAAUAAAGAUGGACCG